UAAACCUCCCUAUAGACUUACUCCAUAUGUAGAAGUUUUACAAACUCAUGUAAAUAAAGUUAACAAAGCUGCUGUUUGUAAAGCUUGCAUCGACAAAUUAGGAAGAGAAGUAGCACCUGAAAGAUCUAUUUUUACUAAUACAAAAGCUUGCACUAAAGUACAUUUAAAGAAAUGUCUAAAUUUUUUUGAAAAAUAUACUGAAGAAGAAAGAAAUGAAAUUCUUUAUGGAUCAGAUAAUGAAAGUCAAGAAACAAAUACAGUUCUUUAUUUACAAUAUCAAGAUUUACCAGAAAAUAUUGCAAAAUUUCUAGAUGACAAUAAUUGGUGGCAAACAAUAGAAGAACUUGAGUCACGUAUGCUUUCCUUUAUGGCAACAUUAAAUCAUCUUCAACGGGAUGCUGCACGGUUACCAGAUGUUCUUCAUUCAUUUGCAUAUUUUAUGCAAUUAUAUAAAAAUAAGUCAGAUAGUUUUAAUUUAGAAAGUUCUAACGUUAUAGAUUUAGAAAGUUCUGACAUUAUAGAACUAGAAACUGACGAAAAUGAAGAAAUGAUUAUUGAAGAUGAUUCCGAAUCAAGUGUAGAUGAAGAUAUUAGUGAAGAAUGGAAAGCAGUUCUUAAAGAAUGGUCUGAGGGUCUUAUUUCUGAAGAAGAAAGCAUAGAAGAACAUGAAAAUUUGUUUGGAACGGAUGAAUUGGAAAAAACAGAGAAAACAGAAGAUUUAUCUUUCAACGAAUUAUUAAUAGGUUUGAAACAUCCUGCAGAUGAUGCCAUGGGAAAAUAG